GGAAAGAUUCUAGAGAUGGGCUGUUAGAGGAAAAAGCACAGGAUUCUUUAUGUGAGGAAUUGCAGCCAAUGGAGGUAGGUGUAUGUGCCAGCAUUAAUGGUUGCGUUAUGAGGAUGUAUGUGUGUUUUCUGGCGGUGCUGGUGUCUGCGCUGGUCCGACGAGCCCACACGUCAGGUCCACCCAGAAUAACACUGGCCCCCAAAAGUCAGCUGGUAGCAGAGGAAGCUAAGGUGAGCUUCUUCUGCAAAGCCUCUGGCAAUCCAGCCCCCUCCUUCCACUGGGAGAAAGGUAACAAGCGGAUUAAUCCUCGUCGGAACCGCUACCUCAUCACAGAAGUUCCACAUUUAUCCGUGUUGAGGAUAGACCCUGUCAAAUCCAAGAGAGAUGACGCCACAUUUACAUGUGUAGCCAACAACGGACAGGGCGAGGCUCGGGCCAACGCCACCCUCCGAGUCUACAUGAUGGUCGGCGAUGUAGACGACUUUCCAGGAGGUUAUCCCCGGAUAGCAGUAAACCCUAGUUUGAAAUCAGUAGAGAAGGGUCACAAUGCCAUAAUGCAGUGUGAGUCUGCGGGGACCCCAGAACCAGCAAUCUUGUGGCUGAAAGACCAUGUUCCUGUUGAUAUGACAGAUCCAAGAAUCACCCUCUUAGACUCAGGCUAUCUUCAGAUUCAGAACAGUCAGGAAUCCGACGCAGGGAGAUAUGAAUGCGUCGCAGAGAAUGAUGUCGGGGUGGCAUAUUCAUAUGCGGCUAUGCUUUAUGUUAAAGUUCGCCGUGUCCCGCCUCACUUUUCAAUACCUCCAGAAGACAUCAAGGUUAUGCCCGGCUCGGACGUCAACCUCACCUGUGUGGCUGUCGGCUCGCCCAUGCCGUUUGUAAAAUGGCGGGAAGGUGCCCGGGAACUCACAGAUGAAGAUGACCUGCCCAUCGGUAGGAACAUCUUGCAACUGAAGGAUGUCCGCAAGUCCAAGAACUACACCUGCAUUGCAUCAUCGGACCUCGGGAACAUCGAGGCCAUGGCACGAGUGGUUGUGGAAGCACUACCGAAUCCACCAUCAGGUCUAGAGGCAACCGAUGUUACCGCCACAUCGCUCAAAUUGUCCUGGGAUGCUUUUGCCUCGUCUGGUGAUUUGUCCUAUAUCGUGCAGUACAAACCUGUAAACAAACGUGGAGCCGAUUAUAAGGAGAAAAUGGGUAUUGUGAAUCCUGUGUAUACCGUGGGGCAUCUUAUGGCCUUCACCAGAUAUGAAUUCCGAGUGAUAGCUGUGACCAACAUAGGUCGUAGCAGUCCUUCCGACUCUAUCGAAGUGUCAACAGGCGAACUAGCUCCAGGGAGUCCACCCCGUAAUGUCCAGGUGCGAGCUGCCAGCCCAACAACCAUCGUUGUCACAUGGAAUGAACCAGAAAUACCAAAUGGAAUUAUUCAGGGUUACAAAGUGUUCUACACUUUACUACCACAGAAGCCAAUCUUCUUCUGGGAUGUGCAGGAAGUUACAAAUGACAAUAAAGUGACGACCAUCAGUGGACUAGAACCCAAUAAAACAUACACUUUAAGUGCUUUAGCUUUCUCUGGAAUUGGCCAGGGACCAAUGUCACACCCUAUUCAAGUGUUGACAACACAAGGAGCGCCCAUAUUUGAUGUUGGGCCGACAGUGCCUUAUCAACCUCUGAACCUUCAUGCUGACCCCAUUUCUGCCAAUGAGAUCGAUGUUGUGUGGGAUCCUCCCCAGGAAGCAGAUUCCAUCGAUAGUUAUGAACUGUAUUACAAUGACUCACAUUUCCGCCAAAAUGUCCGCCUGAGCAUCAACCCACCUGUUGCGAAAUUCCGCCUGACGGAUUUGACCCCCGACACUGUGUAUCAUAUCCAAGUGGCUGCCAAGUCAAAACGAGGCGAAGGACCCAAGACGCCGACGAUACAAGCCAAGACGAAACAAUUCAUCCCUGAGGCCCCACCGAAGGCAGUUAGUGGCCGAAUCCUUGACGCCCAUCGAAUCACAGUUUCUUGGGACCCUCCCAGUGCUGACAAACAAAAUGGCGAACUUGCUGGGUAUAAGAUAUAUUAUGUGGAAAUUGCCGAUGAUAAGAACGACAGUGAGGCUAAGAUCGCCAAAGUAAAAGGUGACACUCAGUCUUAUACCCUCAAGGAUCUCAAAACAGCGACCAAAUACAAAAUUUGGGUUGUGUCCCACACAACAGUGGGUGAUGGGCCUCCAUCUCAGCCAAUCAUUGUGGAAACGGAAGAGGAUGUUCCUGGCGAGCCGAGGAAAGUUCGCGUGGAAGCGAUCAACUCUACCGCCAUCUAUGUCGAGUGGCGUGAACCAAUAGAACGUCAUGGAGUCAUAAGAGGCUACCAGGUGUACUUCUAUGAAGUGGACAGCAAUGAUGAAACAAUACCGGGUAAACAAGCCCGCUUUCAUGACACGUUUGACGGCACGAAACACGAGGCAGUUAUAACAGGAUUGGAACCAGACACGCGAUACAACAUCCGGGUAGCCGCCUACACAAGAAAGGGAGACGGGAUCCGGAGCAAGGCCAGAGUCAUCACUACCAAGGGUGCAGUGCCAUCACCACCCAGGAAUCUUCAUGUGGACCUCAUCCAAGAAGAUCCUCCAAGGGUCAAGGUCACAUGGCAGCGACCUCGUGUGACCCAUGGUCCUGUGGAAAAUUACAAGAUCAUAUGGGGUCGUAUUGGGGAGCGUUACGAAGAGAAGAUUCUUCCUGCAGAGAAAUAUUCCUUUGUGACUUACUCUCUGGACAAAGGGACCACAUAUGAGUUCCGGGUGUCUGCCAAGAAUGAUGUGGACUAUGGAGAACGUGCUGUGGAGAACAUCAAGACACCUGAUGGAGCUCCAGCAGGUGCUCCCCAGAACUUCACAGCCACCGGCAUCAGUGAAACCAGUGUCCACCUCACUUGGGAUCUGCCAGCUCGUGCUCUGCGUAAUGGUGACAUUGUCAUGUAUCAGAUUACGUAUCACAAGCUGUCUGACCCCAUCAACGAGGAGGACCUGAACGUCACUGACACCUACGUUGACAUCACCGGCCUGGAGAUGAACACAGAUUAUCGCUUCAAGAUCAAGGCAUACACCAGCAAGGGUUCUGGGCCUUGGAGCAACAAUCUGCAUUUCCGCACAUUCGGGCAUAUGCCACCUGCACCAAAGAAUGUCAAGAUCCGUCGUACAUCCAGCUCGAUCAUCGAGGUGACCUGGGACGAACCUGACUUCCCUGUGGCGGGCUACAAGAUCUACUACAACAUGUUUGCGACCCCCGACAUGGCGGUGUGGCAGACCCUGGAAACAGGGCCCUACACUGUGGCUGAGAUUACCGGGCUUGAAACUCACACCGUGUACGCGGUCAGGGUUCAAGCCCGUUCUGUUGAUGAUCGCUAUGGAAACCUGUCCGAAAUGGUCACUACGGACUUCAUACCACCAUUCCGCCAGGACGUGGUACAGAACUUCCGUGUCACUCUGCGUACUCCGCACAUGGUGAAGUUGUCCUGGGAUAAACCAGUCAAGCCGAACGUCAACUCAUACCAGCUGAGGUAUGAGGGCGUGAAGAACUACUGGGAGAACGGGGUGAUCAAACAGAUCUACCAGGCACGGGAGGAGGUUCGAAUCCCAGGCCAGAUGACCACCUGGUCACUGCCAAACCUUCAACCCAAGAUGAAGUUUGAUUUCAACAUCAGUGCCAUCUUCCAGGACGGAAACGCCGGAGCUGACCAGCACAUUAUCGUGGAGACUCUCAUUGAAGGUCAUAGUGGGGUGCUCCCCCCUAGUGUGCACAGGCCAGAAGUAGUCAAGGUUUCCCAUGGGAAGAUAACUCUCCGCUUGUCUCGAGCAUCAGAGAGGAAUGGACCGAUCAGUUACUAUCAUCUCAUAGUUGUGCCUCAGAGACAGGAGCACAACAUACACAAACUCCCUCAGGAUUUUACGCUAGAAAUGCUGUCCAAGGAGACUGAGAGUGUGGAAAACCCCGCCUCGUAUCCUUAUAUAGCAGCACGAUUCGACUCACGGAAUCUGCCGCCAGAGUUUGACCUUGGCAAUGGGCAGGAAUACGGUGCGUUCUUCAACCGUAGACUUGACGAAGAUGACCACUACAAGGUUUUCUUGCGAGCCUACUCUGUUGAUCCGCGCUUGUACACAUCAAGUGAAUACUCUGAGAUUCUGAGUCUUUCCACGGGUGUCGAUGAGCCAACCAUCAUACGGAAACCAAACCCAAAGGAAGCGAACAGCCUUAAACCAUCCCAGGACAAUGUUACGGAACAUGACGAGACUAAUAGAUUGUUAUUGAUCGUUGCGCCCGCCUGCGGGGGAGGCGUAUUCCUUAUUCUUGUCUGUGCCGUCAUUGCUUUUUUAAUGUUCCGCAAAAAGUCCAAUUCCAAAGGGGCCAUCCUCGAACCCGAGUCUAAGGUAAUGGUAGACAUACCUCCUUACCUGGUGGAUCCUGUGGAAAUGCGACGACAGCACUACCAAACCCCUGCGAUGAUUAGUCACCCGCCCAUACCGAUUGAGAGACUUGGAGACCACAUUGAAAACUUGAAAGCCAACGAUAACUUGAAGUUCUCUCAGGAAUAUGAGAGUAUAGAGCCAGGACAACAGUUCACAUGGGACAACUCCAACUUGGAGGUCAACAAACCCAAGAACCGCUACGCCAACGUCAUUGCAUAUGACCACUCCCGUGUUAUUCUGCAACCCAUCGAUGGGGUCCCUGGCAGCGACUACAUCAAUGCUAACUACAUGGAUGGAUACCGCAAGCAGAACGCAUACAUUGCCACACAGGGUCCCCUGCCGGAAACGUUUGGAGACUUCUGGCGCAUGGUGUGGGAACAGCGUUCCACCACGAUAGUCAUGAUGACCAAGCUUGAAGAAAGAUCACGGAUAAAAUGUGACCAGUACUGGCCCUCUCGUGGAGCUGAGACUUACGGCAUAAUGCAUAUUCAUCUGGUUGACGUGACGGAACUCGCUACAUACACCGUGAGAACAUUCCAAAUUGCCAGGUAUGGCUGCCCCGAGAAGCGUGAAGUUCGACAGUUCCAGUUCACUGCCUGGCCAGAUCAUGGAGUGCCAGACCACCCAACACCACUUCUCAUGUUCAUGCGCAGAGUCAAAUCCAGCAACCCAGCCGACGCUGGGCCCAUGGUGGUACACUGCAGUGCUGGUGUGGGCCGGACAGGAGCUUUCAUAGUGAUAGACGCCAUGCUGGAGAGGAUUAAGCAUGAAAAGACUGUUGAUAUAUACGGGCAUGUAACCUGCCUCCGUGCUCAACGAAACUACAUGGUACAAACCGAGGACCAAUAUAUCUUCAUCCACGACUCUCUGCUGGAGGCGGUACAGUGCGGCAACACUGAGGUGCCCGCUCGGAACCUCACAGCACAUAUACAGAAACUCACAGCCCCUGAGCCAGGCGAGACUGUCACAGGCAUGGAACUGGAAUUCAAGAGAUUAGCCAAUGUGAAGGCCAGUCCAAAUAGAUUUGUUAGCGCAAAUCUUCCAGUCAACAAAUUCAAAAAUAGACUUGUCAAUAUACUGCCUUAUGAGUCUACUCGAGUGUGUCUGCAGCCGAUCCGGGGAGUGGAUGGUUCAGAUUACAUCAAUGCAAGCUUUAUAGACGGAUACCGCUACAAGAAGGCAUACAUCGCCACCCAAGGUCCACUGGCGGAGACAACAGAAGACUUCUGGAGAAUGUUGUGGGAGCACAACUCGACCAUCAUCGUCAUGUUGACCAAACUUCGAGAGAUGGGCAGGGAAAAAUGUCACCAAUACUGGCCAAGUGAGAGGUCAGCCCGUUAUCAGUAUUUCGUGGUCGAUCCUAUGACCGAGUACAACAUGCCACAGUACAUUCUCAGAGAGUUCAAGGUCACAGACGCUAGGGAUGGCCAAUCUCGGACAAUACGUCAGUUCCAGUUCACAGACUGGCCAGAGCAAGGAGUGCCAAAAUCUGGAGAGGGAUUCAUUGAUUUCAUUGGACAGGUCCACAAGACAAAGGAACAGUUUGGACAGGAAGGACCUAUCACUGUUCACUGCAGUGCUGGUGUUGGACGGACUGGCGUGUUCAUCACCCUUAGUAUUGUGCUGGAGAGGAUGCGUUACGAGGGCGUAGUGGACAUGUUCCAGACUGUAAAGAUGUUGAGGACACAGAGACCAGCAAUGGUUCAGACAGAGGAUCAAUACCAGUUCAACUAUCGAGCAGCGUUGGAGUAUUUGGGAUCUUUCGACCACUAUGCAAACUGACAGACCGGGGACAGCGUGUUUCAAGCUAUGCAGCCCUCGGUACCUUGGUGAUAGAAGGACGUUGUGGAAGUCAAGUUUGGAGAGAGUCAAGCUCAGAAAUGUGACACAGGACAUUUUAUAUGGUUACAUGUCUUGAAUCUGACUGCUCUCGAACAUUCAUCUUGACUGUGGCUUGUGUACUCUUGUUCAGAGAGUUUAUUCAUGAGAUUUUAUCACCAGGGAUUUGUAUGUGACAAUACAUGGAUUUGAUUCAUCAAGCUGUCAAGUGGUUGAAAGUGCGAUGUUAGCAUCAGAGGGUGCAGCAGAUCAUCGGACCAAGCUGCUUCCAUAUUUGGUCGCCAUACUUGCUUCCGCCGCCGCUAGAGCAAGUCUUGCAUUGGAUCAUACUGUAUCAACGACUGUUUGUGAUCAUGUGACACCCUCCAUCCUACAUCGCUUGCUGCUUGUUGAAGAGGGAGCAGCCAUUUCAAAAGAUCCAUGUAUUUUGGCGUGAUCCGGUGGCGCUCCGUGCUUGUGUUGUCGUACUAGCCAAUAUUUCAACUGGACUGAGCAAUAUAUAUAGUCGUCUUCUCUUUAGUUGAUGGAUAGAACAAGUGAAUACUGACAUGAUUAGACAUAUUCACUGACAGAGAGGUGAACCUCGUCUAAUGAGAGAAUGUAUGUAAGUGUCAAUCAUGGACAUUGAACUAUGGGAAAGCUGUGAGACAGUGGAUGAAAUUGGCACGAGCGAGAUUUCAUGAGGACACUGUAGCCAUUUUCAAUUGUACAAUAGACUGUAUCAUUAUUGUCAUCCAUGUGUCCUAUUUUCAUGUUGCAUUAUGUUUUUUCAAUUUGCUACAUAUUGUACAUUGUCAGUGUAUCGUACAUCACUCAGUUCAUUACAUUUCCAUUAUCGGUGUCCACGUUAUAGCCAGACAUUUUCAGUGGUAUGAUCAGUAGGCCUCGUACAGUUGUCAUGGUGACAUUUUUACAACAACAAAAAGUGAGUCCGUUUUAUAAAAAAAAAAUGUGACUUGUGUCAUCGGAUCAGUGUUAAAAGUAUGAAUGAUUACCUAACAAGUCAUGUAGCAUUCAUUUGCUCCACAUUGUCUCAAGGUUGUGCUGUAUUCUCUCACACCUUUUGCCUUGAUAGACCAAGGUUGGGUUCUGUAAGACCAGUCUCCCUACUUAAGGGCCAGCCAUGUCACAAGAUCAUCAGACUGACGUGCAAGGUAUGCUACUUACAAGGUGUAUGUAUUAAUCAAUGUCUCACUCAUAUUGGGUUACAUUUCGAUCAUGAUCGUUCAAAUUCAAAUUUUUCAAAUUUGAUGUUAUUUAUUACUAACGUUGAUUGUUAAUUUUAAAAUUACUGGGUUACAUUUUGUGUGACAAGUUAUGAUUUAAUCUGUGUUGACUUCUGAGAAAAAUCUGAGCUGAAUGCUACCCAUGUUGAAAUCGUAACCCCAGUCAACAGAAGAUGUACAAUUUUGAGCUCAAAUCAAUCGAUAGUGUAGAGCAUGUACUCAAAUUACAACCGUUGAUGUUUAUAAUGCAAAUUGUUGAGCAAAAUAUCAAGGAAGAUCAUUAUUACAUCAUGGUAGUUAGAUUUAAUAUGGACCAUCAUUGUAGAAUCUCCCAGAGAGCAUUAUGUUUGUGUUUGUGUUCUUCUGUCAUGUGACACAAAGCUGAAUGGUAAUCACUAUUUAAACCCUGUAUUGUUAAUAUUCGACCUUGUGUAUUACCUUUAUUUUGGAGGUGUUCAAAUUGUGCAAUGGACCUUCUUCUACUGAAUUCUUAGGGGCCAAACAUUCAUACUUCAGGCUUUGUACCCCACCCUGUAGAAAUGAUCAUUCAAUCUCGUGUUGGACUUCUCUAAGGGAGAGCACUCUUCCUGUUAAACUUUCUUGUGCUAGAUAUGUAGAAAUGCCAUGGAUUUUGAAGCAUGUAUCUAUUUGUGAUCAAGUACUAUCCUGUGUAAUUAAAUAUCUUUAUCUUGCGCACUUACAAACUUUUGAGUAAGUUUGAACCCCAAUAUCAACUUUCCUAUACGCAAUUUUUGAAACGUCAAGAAAGCCAAUCAUCUGUGAUUAACUUAUGCAAAAUUUCCAACAGUCUUUAGUUCUGAUUUGCAACACCUUUUUCAAGCACAUCAAGUGCAACACAGCAUGCCAAAAUUAUUCCGUAUUUUGCUACCAAUUAAGUCCUCGUCUCGAGGUUCAAGCUUAUUCCUCCUCCUCAGUUUCUGUAGUUGUCACAAACUUAGGCUCCUGUUUUUAGUUUCAAAACCAAAGAACAGAUACAUUUGAAAGAAAUGGAAUUCCAUUGUCUAUUCAGUUGUAUGCUGGAUGUUGUUAUGUUAUAAUACUUCCUCUGAAAGUUGACCAGUUCCACCAAGCAGCCCUUGCACCUUCUUGCCACUAACAUUGUGAUAUAAGUGCUCGUAAUCACCCAGCGGCUGAUAUUUGUGAUCCUUUCAAGUGAAAUUAAAUUUCACUAUGCUACAAAAUAUUAAAACUAUCAUUCCAAAUCAGAUCUCAGAACCUCAUGAAUCAUUAAGACUGUCAAGAUUUGUAAACACCUUUCAGAGGAAGUAUACUCGACAAGGGGUUAAAAACCUCUUUUUACUCCACAACUGCGUAACUCUGUACAAUUGCAUAAUGUAGAUACCUGAUUAUCUCCCCUGAGCUGAAGCUGUAGAUAGAGCUGAAAUCUAUGGGUGUGGCCAGUCGAAACUCGUACAACUCGCGGCCCUCCGAGCCCGCCCACAACCCACCUACCCGGCUGUUACGUGCAUGUGUACAAUCAGUUUGUGUUGCUAAGAUUCGGUCGUACACCUGGUCACAGUGCAUGCAUCUCAACUGGUAUUUUGUAUGUGAUGGAAUCAUCCGGAAAUUUAUCAAUAUUUCAGCCAGUAAAGUCAAAUAAAGAAUAAUGCUCAA